AUCGUGGCGCUGCAAGUCUGAACUGGAUGGCAGGGCAUGCUGGAACUUAUGGUUCCACACUAGCUGAGCCACUACCAACGUGUUCCAAAGUCUGUUAGACUGAGCAAAUACGUUUCAGGGAUGACCAAUAGCAGAUAUCAUAAUACUGUACAUAUGUAUAUACAUGGUGAUAAUAACCCUGGCAGGACAGACGCUGGCACACCACAGGCACAGGAUAGUAUGCUACUGCAGCGCAUGCCCAAUGAUGUCAGGACUCGGGAGGAGAAUAGCGCUGUGAGUGCGGGGGCGUUGUGUGUACCGUGUACCCUGCGCUGGACACUGACUGAGUGACCUGACUGUAUAUCCCAGCCUGCAGUCACCAAAUAACCAACAUAAUGGAGAAAGAACUGCCUGCUGCACUGAUAGAGGAGAUUGGAGGCCCUUGUGGAGUUAUGGAAGAGCAUGUGGAAUUUCUGAAGCAACACUUUACAUUGAUCACUAUGAAAGAGCUAAAUGAGAAUGGGCAAUUAGCAGAUAACAUUGUGUGCAUCUACAACUGGGCGAAUAAACCAGAUAUUAACAGUGCACUUCUGAAGCGUCUUCCUCGACUCAAAAUAAUUGCAAGUUGUGGAGCAGGAGUUGACCACCUUGACUUAAAGUUGAUUUCAAGCUAUGGUGUGAAAGUUGCCAAUACGCCUCAUGCUGUUACCAGUUCUACAGCUGACUUGGCAAUGACAUUGCUGCUUGUGUCUGCCAGGAACUUUCUGGAAGCACACCAGAUCGCAGUGUCUCCGCACACAGAUUGUUUCCAUGCUAACUGGGUGGCUGGGGAUAUAACAGGAAACACUCUUGGAAUUGUGGGAAUGGGAAGGAUUGGAUACAAAAUUGCACAACGUGCUAAAGCGUUUGAAAUGAAGAUUCUGUAUUACAACAGGCAUCGAAGGCUGGAAGAAGAAAGGUCUCUUGGAGCCACCUACUGUGAAAACCUGACCGAUUUGUUACAGCAGUCAGAUUAUGUAAUGCUUGCUGUGACCCUAACUCCAGCAACAGAAAAAAUUAUUGGGAAAAGGGAAUUUAAACUGAUGAAACCCUCUGCAACUUUGAUAAAUAUAAGCAGAGGAUUGGUUGUUGAUCAAGAUGCUUUGGUAGAAGCCCUACAAGUGGGAGAAAUAAAAGCAGCUGCCUUAGAUGUUACGUACCCUGAACCACUGCCCAGGAAUCACCCACUGCGGAAACUCAGCAAUGUUAUUGUAACGCCUCACAUGGGUAGUGCAACCUACAAUGCCAGACGCAUUAUUAUGGAAGAUAUGGUUCAAAAUAUGAUAAGUGGUAUAAAUGACCGCCCUGUUUUCAAUGAAGUUAUUGUCAAAUAACAUGGGGAUCCUUUGAAGACUUCUUAUGUUGAUCAUCUUUAAUUCUGAAAUAGAGCACUGGAAGUUUAACCCCACAAUAAUUAUUUUGUCUGAUAUGUACAAUAAUUCCUGACACUUCAAUUAGCAUACACGAUUAUCUUUAACUCCCAGUAUACUCCAACAAUGUGGCUAUUUGAGAUGUCCUCACUUCAGUAGCAAUGACAUUUUACUCACUUGAAACUGUAAUUUACUAACAUUUGAACUAGAUUUUUUAAAGAUUUUUAUGGAUUGUAAUAUAUUAAAGUGCUGAAACCA